AUGUCUGAGGAAAGCUGGCCUGUUAAGGACGCCAGCAAUCUACGUGAGGCAAGCUUUGACUACGAAGUUGAAGCUCACACUUUCACGGAGCAGACCAACUACCCACAACGGGAUAUCACCUUCGGUAUCUCAGCCGCAAUUGCAAAUACCGAAGUAGAGCAGACUAGGGAAUCAUCUCACUGUAAAACAAACCAGAUACUCAACAAUAUCACACAGCGGUAUUGGAUCGUUUGUAAGCGAAUCCUUAAAUACUGUGUGGUAUGGUAUAAACAUAAUACUGCUCUAUACAAGUACCCAGACAUGGGUUACCUACGGGGAUUUCUUGGAACUUUCAUCCCACACCCAUCCCCGUGGAUGAGCGGAGUACGGGAGAGAAUGGUCGGUACAAUAAAACGAUCUCUGCAGAAGAUGACCGGUUCACACAAAUUGAAUGAUGAACUACUCCAGACCACUCUCUGUGAAAAGUGUCAUCAACUCAAGGCCUUCAAGUGCGAUUGGUGA